AGGCACGCCGGCAUGUAAGAUCGGAGGCGGCGCACCGGGUCCAAGAAGAAACGGUCGAGAUUUUGAAGAGGCCGUCGGGUACGACGUUGCUGUCGGCCACCCCGAUCCGCGUCAACCGAUUUUUAAAAAUUCUCCAACCGAAAUUUAAAAAAGAUACUUCCCCAAGAACCUCCAAGAACUACUGCAGGGGAACUCCUGGAAGUCCCCUCGAUAAAUUCCACCGCAUGUCUUCCUGUUCUUGCUCUUCUCCUUCCUUCUAGCCUCUCCCUCUAUUCGAACCCCCCACAUGUUUGCUUUCGCGGUAGAUGGGGGACGGCGAAUCUCCCGAAUGCCGGCCCGGUGCCGAGGAGGAGGACAAGGAGGAGGAGGAGGAGGAGGAGGAGGAGGAGGAGGCGCCGGGGCUGCUGCAGGCGGCCGGGGAAUCCUUCUCAGGGAUCCGGCUUGCGGAGGCCCCGAUCCUCCUGCUGGUCUACUUCCACAAGGCGUUCCGGGGGGAGCUCGCCAGGCUCUGCAGCGGUGCGGCGGCCCUCGCCGAGAUGGGGGCCCAUGGCCGCCGGGAACGGCUGCAGGAGCUCCGCGGGAGGUUCGAGUUCUUGGUGGUGGCGUACGAGUACCACAGCGCUGUGGAAGAUGAGAUUAUAUUUCCGGCAUUAGAUUCGCACGUCAAAAAUGUAGUGUGUACAUAUUCACUCGAGCAUAGAAGCAUAGGCGAACUAUUCAACUCGACCAUUCAGUUCUUUGAUUUAUUGACGGAGGAUGAUGAUGAUGAGCCCAAGCCAUAUCAAGAGCUCGUGCUUAUCCUCAGCACCAUCCAGUCAUCCAUUUGCAAGCAUGAGCAUAAGGAAGAAAAGCAGGUGUUUCGGCUACUGAUGCAACAAUUUUCCCAGAAAGAACAGGCUUCACUACUUUGGCAAUUCCUAUGCAGUGUCCCGGCCAUCCUUUUAGAGAAUUUACUUCCAUGGAUGAUCUCCUUCAUUUCCCCUGACGAACAGGAACAAGUCAUCGAUUUUGUUAAGGACACGGUCCCUAAAGAAAGCCUGCUGCAGGAGGUAUUAAUAGGCUGGAUUAGGAAGACUGAUCGAUCAUACUUGAUGGGCAAGAUUGAGACUAGAGCGAUGUGUGAAUUAGACGGCAGAUCUGCAAGUGUGGAAAGCACUCUUGAGCGGCAGCAGGAGCAGAGAGAUAGUGUCGGAAAAAUAUCAAAAUUCUCUCUGACUGAUGGUUUCAAAGUUUGGCACGGUGCCGUUAGGAGAGAUUUCCAAACAGCACUAGAAGCUCUCCAUCGAGUCAAUAGAUCAGGGGUGUUUUCCGAUUUGUCAGCAGUACUUAUGCAGCUGAAGUUCCUUUUAGAUGUGGUAGCCUUUUAUAGCAAUGCAUUGCAUCAAAUUUACUAUCAUGAAAUUAAUGGACUAGCCAAUGGCCGUGAAUUUUCCUCAUUUGAUUGGAUUGCAUACAAGAGCCAAAUUGGAUGUCUUCAACAGUUGCUUCACAAUGAUGCACAAGAUGAGACGCGCCGAUGCAAUUUUGUAGAGCAGCUUUCCUGUGAACUGAAGUUGUUUCUAAUGGAAAUCAACAGAUUAUUUUCUUACCAAGAGACAGAGGUACUUAAUGUGAUUAGCAAAAGCUGCAGUCAUGAAAUGCAAAUUCAGCUUCUGUACACGAGCAUAUGCACGUUGCCUUUUGGAUGGAUCGAAUGUGUGAUCACUUGGUUUUCAGCUCAUUUAUCAGCGGAGGAAUCAAGGUCCAUCCUUCUUCACAUAAAACGAGGAGACAGUACGAUUAGCCGCUCUUUUACCUUGCUACUGCAUGAGUGGUUCCGUAUCGCUUGCUCAGGCAAGAAAUCGAUCGAUGAAUCCAGGAUGGACCCACAAUAUUUUUUCAAAACAAGGUUGUUUACACUGCCCAAACAUUUCGAGGGAGAAGCCAAGUAUUCUGCUUCAACCUCACAAUCAAAUGAUAAAUCUUGCAGAGGAUCUUAUCCCAUUUUAUUGGGAACUGAGUCGGCCGUUAUGAUUAAGUUGAAUACAUCUAACUCUGGUAGAGUUGCUUUGAGCUCGUUCUUUUCUUUGAGACCAAAGGCAUCGAAUAUCUCUUUUAGGUUUCCAGCAGUGAAGAAUGAUGUCAUUUCCAAUAUGGAUCAGUGGGAGCCGGUCGAUAUUAUCUUUUUCUUCCAUAAGGUUAUGGAGAAAGAUCUUACAAAUCUUGUCCAAAAAUCACUUAAACUAUCGGACGAUGCCAGUUUCCUCGAAGAUUUCUGUAAACGAUUUGUUCUAAUAUGCAAUCUGUAUCAAAUCCACAGUGAUACAGAGGAUGAGGUAGCUUUUCCAGCUUUAGAAGAAAAGGGCAAAGUGCAGAACAUAAGCUUCUCCUACACCAUUGACCACAGAAUUGAAGCUCAACACAUUAACGACAUAUCGUCCAUUCUGGAUAAGAUCUCUACAUUGCACAUGUCUUCAAAUAAUUCUGAUUUAAGUGUGAGGCGAAGUCAUCGUCAUCUGUGUUUGAAGCUUCAGAAUAUGUGUAGGUCCAUGCAUAGGAUAGUCUCUGAACACAUCCGCAAUGAGGAUGAAAUUUGGUCGUCGGUUAGAGAAUGCUUAUCUAUUGCAGAACAGGAAAAGGUCAUAGGCUGCAUGCUUGGUAGAAUAAGAGCUGAGGUAUUACAAGAUAUGAUCCCGUGGCUUAUGGAGUCUUUGACACCCAAAGAACAGCAGAAGUUAAUGUCCACAUGGAGACAUGUGACAAGAAACACGAUGUUCAACGAGUGGUUGCAGGAAUGGUGGGAGGGGGAUAAUGUGGAAAAGGAGGUGGAAUCGGGUAUCUCGCCCUCGAAGACAGCAGAUCCUUUAGAGAUAAUCUCGACAUAUCUAUCCAAAGACAUCCUUGAGGAACACAGGGAGAAAAUUCGCAACGAAGUAGUUAACUUACCACAAGGGCAUGUUACCAAUGACAAAUCCAAGCAAUGGAAAAUGGGCACAAUCAAUAAAGGAAAAGUCAAUAGGCAUGAGUCUGAUAAGUGCACAAAACUUUCUAACGAUGAUGCAGAACUAGGUAUAGAUCUGCAAGUUGACCAUAAGUCCGUGCACCAGGAGAAUGUUUCUACGAUGAGUCAAGAAGAACUGGAAGCUGCAAUUAGGAGAGUGUCCUGCGAUUCUUCCUUGGACCUGCAUAAGAAAUCAUCCAUCAUACAGAAUCUGUUAAUGAGUCGUUGGAUUGUCGCACACCAGAAAUCUAACCCGGCUGCCACUGUCUCGAGUGAUGGAGAGAAAAUACCUGGUCAUUCUCCAUCUUAUCGUGAUCAGUUCGAGAUGACUUAUGGAUGCAAGCACUACAAGAGGAAUUGCAAGCUUCUCGCUGCAUGUUGCAACCAACUCUACCCAUGCAGGCGUUGCCAUGAUGAGGAAAAUGUUCAUUCAGUUGACAGGAAAUCCAUAACCAAAAUGAUGUGCAUGAAAUGUUUAACGAUUCAGCCAAUUGGAGCCACAUGCUCAACAGCUUCGUGUGAUAAUUUAGUGAUGGCCAAAUACUAUUGCAGAAUCUGUAGUAUAUAUGACGAUGAAAGGGAAAUCUAUCACUGCCCUUACUGUAACUUGUGUCGUGUGGGAAAGGGAUUGGGCAUUGACUAUUUCCAUUGCAUGAACUGCAAUGCCUGCAUGUCGCGCUCCCUUUCAGUUCACAAAUGCAGACAGAAAUGCUUAGAAGAUAACUGUCCUAUUUGCCGUGAGUACAUUUUUACAUCGAACUCUCCAGUAAAGGCCCUCCCCUGUGGCCACUUGAUGCACUCGGCAUGUUUCCAGGAGUAUACUUGUACUCACUAUACUUGUCCGAUUUGUAGCAAGUCACUAGGGGACAUGCAGGUUUAUUUUAAAAUGUUGGAUACACUUUUGGCCGAAGAGCAAAUGCCAGAUGAGUAUUCUGGCAAGACCCAGGUUAUUCUCUGCAAUGACUGCGAGAAGAGAGGAAGCACAUCUUUUCAUUGGUUUUAUCACAAGUGCCGUCAUUGCGGUUCAUAUAACACGAGGCUGCUUUGAUUCCAACCUAAGACGUAUAUAUGAGAUAACUCUCCUCAAUGUUCGGAUAGCACAAAAAACAAUUCUGCAUUUUCCCUGAUGGAGAAAACCGUCUCCAGCUCCAGAGGAGGGAAAUGGAAGAAGUAAAAGUUUGAGAUUCGUCGACAUGGGGCAUUGGGGAAUGACCAAGUAAUGUUGCUUGCUUUUCUUGUUUAAGGCAGUUCAGGUUCGCAUGAGUUGCUCUAUGUGUCUGCUUCACAUGAUGGAAAAAAAUCCAGUGAUUGAGGAAAUAGAAAGUUCACCUUUUCAUAGUGGGAAAAUAUGAAAUGUGUGGGAAGAGCUUCUGCUGUGCCAAAACUGCAAAAAGUUCAACUCCCAUCUGUCUGUGCCAAGUACAGUAAUGUUAUACAGUACAAUGGCAGUGCCAUAGAAGCUCCCAACCUUUGAUGUCUCUGAAAUGAUCGGUAGGAUUUCAUCUAAUGACUGAUCCUGCUUGAGCAUUUUAAAAGUAGUUAAAGGGACUCAAUGGAACAACAACAAUUUUGAACAACUUGUAUUGUACAAGUUCCAUAGAUGCUUUUGCAGUUGUUGAGAGACGAAUGUUAUAUGUGUGGUUUAUUCAA